CGUGUUAAUAACUUUGGUCUGGGAGGGCUGCUGCUGUGCUAAAAGUUGGGGUCUGCGGUUCAGCUGUUAGCGCGUGGGUCCUGUUCAGGUCUGGUUGGCAGAAAUGGCGGCUCGGUAUGAUCGAGCUAUAACUGUGUUUUCUCCGGAUGGUCAUCUGUUUCAGGUGGAGUAUGCUCAGGAGGCGGUGAAGAAGGGCUCCACAGCGGUUGGAAUCCGGGGUAAAGACAUUGUGGUCCUGGGUGUAGAGAAGAAGUCUGUGGCGAAGCUGCAGGAGGAGCGAACAGUUAGGAAGAUAUGUGCCCUUGAUGAGCAUGUUUGCAUGGCUUUUGCAGGUCUCACAGCUGAUGCGAGGAUCGUUAUCAACAGAGCAAGGGUGGAGUGUCAGAGUCACAGACUGACAGUGGAGGACCCAGUUACUGUAGAAUACAUCACCCGUUACAUUGCCACACUUAAACAGCGUUAUACACAGAGCAACGGACGCCGUCCCUUUGGUAUCUCUGCCUUGAUUGUGGGUUUCGACUAUGAUGGGACUCCCCGACUUUAUCAGACAGACCCGUCAGGAACGUACCAUGCGUGGAAGGCAAAUGCGAUUGGACGCAGUGCUAAGACAGUGAGGGAGUUUCUGGAGAAGAACUACACAGAUGAAGCCCUUGCCAGCGACAAUGAUGCAAUCAAGCUGGCUAUUAAAGCACUGUUGGAGGUUGUCCAGUCAGGUGGUAAGAACAUUGAGCUGGCUGUAAUCAGGAGAAACCAACCCCUCAAGAUCCUAGAAUCCAAGGAGAUCGAGACACUGGUUGCUGAAAUUGAGAAAGAAAAAGAAGAGGAAGCCGAGAAGAAGAAGCAAAAGAAAGCCUCGUAGAUUAGACAUGCUCACACUAAGUCCGUUACUCUGUUAGUUUUGUUUAUUUGGGCAGAGGCACUUGGCUCAGGCCCAGGCUUCAUUUCUAUUUCCUUGUUGGUUAAGAGCGCAUAUCUAUUUCUUCAGAUCCUUGCUGCAAAUAAUGCAUCCAGAAAUCACCUUCAAUAAACAACUAUUAUAAGUUUAAUAGUUUUUUGACAUGCUCAUUUUUAGAUGACUUUCCUAAACUGUUUUCCUUUGUGUGUAAAGCAUGUUUUGGAGGAAAAUUUGGAUAUAAUGUAAUGAUAACAAUAUGGAAAGCAUUGUCUUUCUUUUCAGUAUUGCACUCACUAAACAGCACAGUGCCCAGCAUCACAUUUGGUGAAUAUGAGAAUGUGCUCAAACUGACGUGAAAAUAAAGUUGUGUUGUUUGUA